UUAAAGUCUAAGCAACACUGCAAUUAAAAACAACGGCAGACGAAUUCAUUAUCGUUUACUGACAUUCUGUAAAUAAAGACAUACAUAUAUAAAUAGUAUCUACUUAUUUACAGAUUAUUUACUUACAUACAUAUAAACAAGAGAAAAUAAUAUAAUGGCAGGUGAACAUGAAUGGAUUUCCACCAACAUCGAAACCGAUUUGCCGCCAUUUGCCGUCCAAGCUGGUCACGAUUCGGACGGUGAUGCGAUCUUUGUCGGUCGCGCCUACCACAAAGGCGAUGUAGUAGUUGCUAAAGUUGUGCCCAACAAGCAACAAGCCUACGUCGCCUGGGGUGGUGAGGAGGUGAACAAACAUGAUAUAGAGGUAUUAGCGGGACAUAACUAUCACUGGGUGCCCGAUGCAAAUGGUUCAGUGCCACCUGGUGCUGUUAGCUGUGGACUUACUAGCCUUGGUGAACCAUUGUAUGUGGGACGUGGUUAUCAUGCCAACAGUUUGACACCCGGCAAGAUUCAUCCAUCUCAGGGAUGCUUGUAUAUUGGAUUUGGUGGCGAAGAAGUGACUGUCACCAACUAUGAAGUGCUGGUGCGGAAUUGCGCUACUAUUUCCGUGGAGCCAGGUGCUGUUAUCAAAUACGAAAACACCUGGGUCCAUUCAUCACCAUAUCAGCCGGUGCCACCAUUCGCAGUUAUUGGCGGUCACGACUCGGACGGCAGUCCCAUCUACGUGGGUCGUUCGUUUCACGAAGGCGACAAUCUCCCAGCCAAAGUAGUCCCCAGCAAGGGUGCAGGCUAUGUCUGCUGGGGUGGCCGUGAAAUCACGAAAUCACACUAUGAGAUACUGGUAGGUCAAGGUUAUGCUUGGGUACCCUGCUACGGUGGCUCUGUGCCGCCCAACGCUGUACGCACCGGCACUACACGCACUGGAGAGCCAUUGUACGUUGGACGUGGUCACCAUGCCAACAGUUUGACCGUGGGUAAAAUACAUCCAUCGCAUGGCUGCUUAUACAUACCGUUCGGUGGGCAGGAGGUGCGAAUCGCCACAUAUGAAGUACUCAUCAAACAGGCCACCGAUCAGUGGGUACCUUCAACGCCCAACUAUGCUCCGCCCAGUGCUGUGGUGGCUGGCUACGAUACAGAUCGCGCUCCCAUUUAUGUGGCACGCGCCAUGCAUGAAGGCUAUAAAUGGGUGCAUUCGUCCGCGUACGCUUCACUUCCACCAAAUGCCGUACCUGGCGGCAAUGAUUUUGACGGUGACACCAUUUACGUUGGUCGCACAUUCCACAAUGGCGACACGCUCGUAGCCAAGAUCGUACCAAAGAAACAUAUUGCUUUUGUAUCAUGGCGUGGUGAAGCGUUUCCAAAGGAUCAUUUCGAGGUGCUUUGUGGCACAAAUCUCAGCUGGCGUCAAUGCUACGAUCAUGUCAUACCCGAGAAUGCUGUACUCUGUGGCAAAACGGCGCUGGGUCAGCCUGUUUAUAUUGGACGCGGUCACUAUGAAGGUAGCCUGAGUGUCGGUAAAAUAUCCUCGGUUCAUCGCGCCUUAUUUAUACCGUUCAAAAAUGCAGAACGUCGCUUGGAGUCUUACGAGAUACUGGUAGAAGACAAACAUACCGAGGGUUGGGCAAUCGAUGAGACACCACCACCGCCACUAGAAGAAAAGAAGCCUACUUUUCCAACACCACCAACUGAGGAUAUGAAGCCUUACCCACCACCGCUAGACGUUAAGCCGCCAUUUGGUCCUCCAAUGCCAAUACCCUUGCCUGCACCCAUGGGACCGCCACCUCCGAACGAUCCAUACAACCCAUAUGCAUCACCAGCGCCAACGCAUUUCGAUCCACCUCCAUCAUACCAGUCCCUCGGUGUAUCUGUCUACCCAACGAUCCUUCCAAUGCAUUCACCUAUGCCACCCCCACGUCCACAACAAUCCGAUACUUGGGUGGUUUCAAGCGCCAACUAUACACCACCAAAUGCAGUACAUGCCGGACACGAUACGGAUCUCUCGCCAAUUUUGGUUUGUCGUUGUUUCCACAACGGCGAUUUUUUGCCGGGAAAAGCGAUACCGAGUCGUGCUUGCGCUUAUGUCUCAUACGCGGGUCAAGAGAUACCCAAAUCCGAUUUUGAGAUUCUUAUUGGGGAAGGUUAUGAUUGGGUGCCAGCAUCGGAUGGUAUAAUACCGCCGGGUGCUAUAGAGGCGGGACGCACUGCCGAUGGUGAGCCAUUGUAUGUAGGUAGAGCUCAUUACUGUGGCAGUCUAACUCCCGGCAAAAUUCAGCCGUCUCAUCGAGCGCUAUACAUUGCAUUUGGCGGGUAUGAAAGGCGUAUUCCAAACUAUGAAGUACUCGUGCGCCGUAAUGACUUCUACCGAGAUGAAGCGGUAAAGAUCUGCUACUAAAUAAAUAUCUGUUGAAGAUGAGCUCUUUCAAAUAGAGCAGGCCUUAGAAGCGACAUACUUGCAUUGACGAAAUUUUCUACUAAAUUUAAUUCUUUGCGCUGUGUGUACAUAUUUUUGGUAUUACUUACUCAGUUAUUUAUUCAUUAAUGUAAAGAUUUACUAACAAAUAUACUUUCAUAUGUAUCUAUAAAAUCAAUAAAUUAUGCAAAUACAUAUAAAGGACUAAACUAUAGUUAAGUUUUAGCAAAUGGUAUCCAAUUUUUCACCCAUACAAAAAUUUCACAACUUAACAAAAUUCGAAUAACAUUAUGCGGCACAUCCAAUUACCAGCGAUUCUUAUUCUAAUUUUAAUUUAAAGUGUCAAAACACGUGUCCAAUAACGACGCUGAGUUGAGUCUAUUGCCCGAAGAGUCUAAAAAUGGGUU